GCUCACUGCCACCAGGGCAUGUGCUGUGCUGCAGGUACUGCAGGUGCUGUAGCUGCUCGGUGCUCAGAGGCUCUCCAUCUCUUGCAGCAGCUGCAGGCUUCCUCUGGUGUGCAGGGGCUUUCAGGGCACGGACACAGAGGGUGAGUCUAUGAGCAGAUUCCUUUCCCUGCUUGGGGUUGAGAAGCUUGUUUCAGGGUGAGCCUUUUCUGGUUUGUUCUUAGCCUGUCCUGGAGGUGGGUCUGGCUGUGCUGGAGCUGUACCAGCCUCAGUAAGGGCUGUCCUAACCUGGCCUGGGUUGGGGGGCUGCCCUGCUCUGGGAGGUGAGAAACUCCAGCCUGUAUUGUUUUCUGUCAUUCUGAAAGAGUGCCCUGGGAAUGCUAUCUGAGCUUAAAUCCUAAGGCAGAAGGGGGGGUAUUUGGAAAGCAGCCUUGGAGCAUGUUUGGAGUCAUCUCUGCUGCUUCCUUAUUUAAACUGGCAAAGAUUUUGCAAGGAAGAUGUCUGCUUUCAUUCAAUGGAGAGCAGUGUAUCUCAGGAAACACCAAAGGAGGUGGAACUUCCCCACGUGUGGUGUGAGCAGUGCAAGGGGUCGGUGUUGGGAGGCAAUGCAGACAACUGGAUUCAGAAUUCCAUGCAACAGGUAUGUGUGUGGCACCAUCCUGAGCUGGGGCAGCUUCUUCAUUUACAACAGCAUCAGCAGUUUGCUGUGUGUGGUGCCAAGCUGGUGCUGUUCACGGCUCUGUGUUACACAGAGGUGGAGAGUUACCACACCAACAGCAGCACAUGGCCUCCCAGGGGGCUCCUGUUUGGCAGGGCUGGGCUGAGCCCUGGGUCUGAGCCCACAGGGAGAAGUGCUCCCUGGAUCCCUCAGUGCUUGUUCAGCCUUCUCGUGCUGCAACCGAGACUGGAAGAGCCUGGCUCUUGGUCUCUGAUGCCAGACAAGGAUAACUUCUGGGUGAUGAGCUGGUUCUGAUUGCCCAGUUCUGAUUGCAUCUCUCUGCCAGGUCCCAGCUGAGGUUGCUGGUGGGGGUGAUGGCAGCUCACCGGCAGCUCUUCCCUACUCCAGGCCUGCUGCUCUGUGUCUUGGCUCUGCACUUCUGCACCCAGGGCCCUCUUGCCAUAGCAGGGCGCAAAGUGGUCAACAUGUCCAUAGUCACCACCCAUGCCUCGGUGGCUGCCACCAGUGCCUCAAUGUCCACAACCAACCAGGCAUCCAUGGCCACCAACCAGACCUCAGUGGCCACCAAUCAGACCUCAGUGACCACCUACGACCAGGCAUUGGUGGCCACCAACCAGACCUCAGUGGCCACCUCCAACCAGGCAUCAGUAGCCACCAAUCAGGCCUCAGUGUCUGCCACCAGUGCCUCAGUAGCCACCUCCAAUCAGGCAUUGGUGGCCACCAACCAGACCUCAGUGGCUACCGCCAGUGCCUCAAUGGCUGCCUCCAACCACACCUCAGUGACCACCACCACCACUUGGGUGUCCAUCAGCCAGGCUUCAGUGGCUGCCAACGCCUCCAUGAACCAUACAGAACAAACCCCGCUCAGCUGUCAGAGCUUCCAGUGCUCCGGGGAGAGGUGUUACCAGGAUGAGGCCCACAGCAACAUGACGACCACCUGCUACAAUGAGACCUUCUGCGAGGUAUGGAGCUUAGAGCGGCUGCUGGAGGCUGUGAGCACAACACCUGAUUUUCCUUUGCCACUGUCCCACUCUGUCCAUUAUUUUUGCUCCUCUGUAAUGGCCUCUCUUCGCACUUCUAGUGGGUUUUUUUUUUUUCCUUUGGCUCUGCUGUUGCAGCUUUAUCGUUUCUCCAGCAUGAACUACACCGCCAGAUGCAGCAGUGUGUGCAGUGCAGAGCUGUGCAGGACCAAUGGCAGCGUGACCCUACAGCAGUGCACCAUGGAGUGCUGCAACACCUCCCUCUGCCUGCAGCUCAAUGCAAGCUCCUAUGGUGAUCUUCCCCCCACCACCGUGCUGCCCACGACCACCAUCACCACCACCACCACCCCACGCCCCCCCCCACGAAAUGUAGGUACCCGAUGUGAUCUUUGUGCGAAAGCUGCCUCGAAAGGGGAACAAAUCCUUAAUGAGCUUUGCAAGAUGUAAGGGUGCUAAGCACACCGUCUGCAAUGCUCCAAGCAGCCCAAGGCAGCUGUGGGACAAAGCCUCCUCGAGCCACAGAAGGGGUGGGGUGGUGCUGGGGCACCCAAGUGAUGGGGUGGAAGGAGCUUUAUCUCUGCACAGCGUUGCUGAGAGGAAGGAAAAGGAGGUUUGAAACUCGUGGUGGUGUUGCAGUGAGGUUUCCUGCAGUGGCAGAUGGGAGCUCUCUCUUAUCUCUUAGUAUGAAAAGCUGGAGACAGAUGAUGCCAAAUGCUGAGAUAUAGGGGGGGUUUGGGAGGGCACUGUGGGAGGAAGGGCUGCCUGAGGUCCAGAUCUGGCCCUGGGCAUCCUGCUGCCUGCACCACACCUGCACAGGUCUCCUCUGGUCUUGUCUUGCAGGGGAAAAUCUGUGCAGCAUUCUCCUGCCAUGGGGAUGGAUGUUUCAAAGGCAAGAAGAGCACAGCUAGAUGCUUUGUUGGGCAUGAUUUCUGCGAGAUGAAGAAGACGGGCUUCAAUUAUGUGGCAGGAUGCAGCAAAGCCUGCAAGGCUGCCAAGCCUGUCUGUGCCCGGGGGGUGAAGGCUGCCUGUUUCCAGGAGUGCUGCCCCGCCACCCCCAAGGGCAGCUGCUUAAAGCUGGAUGGCAAAGUUCAUGUGAAUGGUGCUGGGCAGGUGGCUGUGUCCCCGCUGCUGCAGCUCCUGGCAUGUGGGGCAGCCCUCCUCUUGAGCCGAAGGGCCUCCACUCCCCUCCAUGGGUGAUCCCCGCUACACAUCGAGCCUCUGUGCUGCAGGGAUGGCAGAUGCUGGAAGGAGAGACCUCAGGUGUAGGAGUGAGAGGAUGCUGAGCCAGCUUGGAACCCAGGAACCUCUGCCUUGACCCAAGGCACAGCUUACACAGUGUAGUUACAACGUGUUUGCACCGCAACUGUCUGAACACCCACUUAGUUUCUAAAUGAUACGUCCUGUCCCAGUAGGCUGUACUGUUUUGUCUCCAGGUCUUAGACAGGGCAAUGGGGCUGAGCUAAAAGCAUCGUGUUAGACCGUCCUGUUUCGUAUCUAUGAUUCUCUAUGGGUAAAUGUAGAGCAGAGACACGAGCGUGAGUCUGUAACAGGAGCUGGCUCCCAGCCAGACAGCUGGCAAUGGCUCUGUGGUGCCACUGUGCAAACACAUUCUGUCCUCUUCCUGCUCUCUUUUAAGAAAAUAAAAUAUAAUGACAAUAA